CGGAGCGGCCGAGCGGUGUCACGGAACGCGUCACGAUUGGUCCGCGGCCGUGACGCGUGGCGGCGGGGCGGAAGUGGCAGCUCCGACCAUGGACAGCAAUGAUGACAUUGAAGAUGUGUCUCUCUUUGAUGCAGAUGAUGAUGUAUCCAGGAGAUCCAAAAAGUCAAAAAUAAGGAGCUGUGACUGUCCUGUCCUUCAUUCCAGGCACCCAGUGGCAUCAUUUUUCCACUUAUUCUUCCGAGUCAGUGCCAUCGUUGUUUACCUGCUCUGUGAGCUCCUAACCAGCAGCUUCAUUGCCUGCAUGGUGACCAUCAUCCUCCUCCUGUCCUGUGACUUCUGGGCUGUAAAGAACGUCACAGGGCGGCUCAUGGUUGGCCUUCGCUGGUGGAACCAGGUGGAUGAUGAUGGCAGGAGUCACUGGGUGUUUGAGGCCAGGAAGGUGUCAGCACAAGGGGGUAAGACCUCAUCUGAAGCAGAGUCCCGAAUUUUCUGGCUCGGCCUGAUCACCUGCCCCAUGAUCUGGGUGAUCUUUGCCUUCAGUGCCCUCUUCUCUUUCAAAGUGAAGUGGUUGGCAGUGGUGGUGAUGGGGGUGGUGCUGCAGGGAGCCAACCUCUAUGGCUACAUCAGGUGUAAAGUUGGCAGCAGGAAGAACCUGACCAGCAUGGCAACCAGCUACCUGGGGAAGCAGUUCCUGCGGCAGACCAUGGCUACAGAGGACCAGGCAGCAUCCUGAGUGUGGUGGGAGCCUCCAGCCAGGCUGCAUUCCCAGCAGUGACCAACAGAGAAGUUGCUCUGACCAAUUUGGGAGCUGCACACAAGGUGUGAAUCAAAAGAAGUAAAUAAAUUGUGCAAGACUUGAGGUUAA